UACCUAUUAUAUUAUAAGAAUUUAAAUUAUUUUUGCAGAAAACCCCAGAUAACGACUAUAAGUUACUGUGCAUCACAACACUGAUAUGUAGUACUUUCAUUUACAAUGUGAAAGGAGUCAUCGACAGGGAUACAUUGGAUAAACUUGGGUUCGUCACAUUCUACGCUAAAAAGGUUUCAGUAAGUGGAGACAUACGUCAAAAUGCAUUCUCGUCUGACAUUGGACUUUAUUUUCCGAAAUUUGUUCUUUGCUUGAGAGACUUUUCGUACAACUUGGACAAAGAAAGUCCAAAUGCCUACUUAGAGAGACGCCUUCACAUGAGUUCUGACGAAUAUCGUCUCGAUGAAAGAAAUACAUACAUCCAAAUUCGUGCAUGUAUUCGAACAUUCUUCCCCCAACGCGAAUGCUUUGUUUUUGAUGCGCCAGUCGCUGGAAGAGUUAAACUUGCUCAAUUGGAGAGUAUGGACGAACGGGAAUUGCUUGAGUCGUUUACAGAAGAUUCAGAUGUAUUUAUAGAAAAAAUAACAAAAUAUCAACCAAAAAUACUCCUCGAUGGCAGUAGGAUAAAUGGCAACAUGUUUUCUUCCCUUGUUAAAACAUACGUUACCACGUUCAAUACCGGAGGGAUACCAUGUAUAGGCAGUGCAAUGGCGAUCAUGGCAAGAAAUGAGAACAGAGUUGUUCUUGAAAAUGUAAUGAAAACAUUUCAGUCGAGAAUACUUUCAAUUGAACUUCCAGUAUAUGAGCAGAAAAACUUCCUGGAAUUAUUCACAGGGGAGAGAAGAAGGGCUGCUCAAGAAUUUCGAUCAAAAUGCGUCUUAAAGAUUGAAGAAGACUUGUACGACGAAAUUGAGAAAAAUAUGGACAAACUAUGGAAGGAACAUUAUGACAAAAACAUCCAAAUCCAAAAGCUUAUGUGUAUCACCGCAAUGGAAGAAAUGUAUCAAUCAGAAAUUAAACCAAGAUUGACCGUCGGACACUAUGAGGAUGAAGAUGGGUAUCUCCACUAUAAAAAGGAUGUAAAUAACCUAAAAUCAAAGAUUAAAAAAAGGUUUCCUGAAAUGGAUGAUACUUUGGUAACUUUUCUUUGAUCUUUCAAUUUACCUGGUUACAUUAGAUGCUGUUUUAUAUU